CUGCAGUGAGCGUGAGAGGGAGUGAAGAUAGUGACCUACAAACAGGUUUAAGUAUCCUUACUGCAUUGACAGAGGGGAGGACAGAGUUUAUGGUUCAGGGUACAGGAGAAAACACCUCCUGUUGGACUCACAGGGUAGACCGCCUGGCAGAAGGGGGGACAGUAGAUACACAGCUUAUGGUGCGGUGCAGGUAGGGAAGAAACACGGAUAGUGUGGGGUAACUAUUCUGGAUCUACGGUCACUAGUGGCAGAAGACUGAGUAAAAAAGAAAGAAGAAAAGAUGGACAAAGGAGGAGGAGAAGGAUCUGACAGUGAAAUCGAGGCCAAAAAACUAGUAGAGGAGGAGGUCAGUGAGAUUGACAAGAAGCUCAAGGACCAGCGCAACAAGGCAGAAAAGGGUGAUAAAGAGAAGGGUGAGAGGAAGAGAGAGAAUCGAAGAUCUGGUUCGAUGUGGAGAGGAGGUUGGGCGCUGUCUGAACGACUGGCCAUUAAUGUGUCAGGCAUGCGCUAUGAGACACAGAUUCGAACCCUGGCCCAGUUCCCUGACUCUCUGCUUGGAGACCCUCGGCGUCGCCUACGCUACUUUGACCCACUCCGCAAUGAGAUCUUCCUGGACCGCAACCGAUUCUGCUUUGAUGCCAUCCUGUACUUCUAUCAGUCUGGAGGCCGGUUACGGCGGCCUGCCAAUGUGCCUCUGGAUGUCUUCAUGGAUGAACUGCGGUUUUAUGAGCUGGGAGAGGAUAUCAUGGCUCGCUUCAAGGAGGAUGAGGGCUUCCCCAAGGAGGAGCCUCGGCCGCUGCCAGACAAUGAGAUCGCACGAAAGCUGUGGAUGCUCUUUGAACACCCAGAAUCCUCUGGUGGCGCCCGCAUCAUCGCCAUCAUCAGCGUGAUGGUGAUUGUGGUCUCCAUCCUGAUCUUCUGUUUGGAAACGCUGCCUGACUUCAGAAUAGAGAAGGAGAUGAGAGAGCAAUAUGCAUACCAGGCUCACCUCGCUGGAAACAAUACCACGCACAUCCCAAUGUCUUCUCCCUUCCAUGACCCAUUCUUCCUGGUGGAGACCAUGUGCAUCUGCUGGUUUUCGUUUGAGCUAGUGAUGCGUUUCGCUUGCUCUCCCAGUAAAAUGGUCUUCUUCAAGGAUGUGAUGAACAUCAUAGACUUCUUUGCCAUCAUUCCCUACUUCGUCACGCUUGGCACCGAGCUGGCCAAGUCUAAAGGAGCAACGCCGUCGAUGUCCCUGGCGAUCAUAAGGGUCAUCCGUCUGGUUCGAGUUUUCCGAAUCUUCAAGUUGUCUCGCCACUCCAAAGGCCUUCAGAUUCUGGGCCAGACGCUGAAGGCCAGCUUGAGAGAGCUGGCGCUGCUCAUCUUCUUCCUCUUCAUCGGAGUCAUCCUGUUCUCCUCAGCCGUGUACUUUGCCGAGGUGGACAGCCCAGACACGUCCUUCACCAGCAUCCCAGAAGCCUUCUGGUGGGCUGUGGUCUCAAUGACGACAGUGGGGUACGGCGACAUGUACCCGGUGACGGUGGGCGGAAAGCUCGUGGGCUCCAUGUGCGCCAUCGCAGGGGUGCUCACCAUCUCACUUCCCGUUCCUGUCAUCGUUUCCAACUUCAGCUACUUCUAUCACCGUGAGAUGGAAUGUGAGGACAACCAGGAAUACACACAUGUCAACACCUCCCUUUGGGAGGAGGAAGAGGGUGGUGAAGAAGGAGAAGAUGGCGAGGAAGGGCCCGGGGAACAGGGAGACCGCAUUCCUCUCGAAGGAGGCACAACCUACAGGGGUAUCUGCGCCCCUCUCAAUGGAACUCUCCUGGCUGGGCUUUGUGCAGGGCAGGCCGGAGAGCAAAGCGUAGGGAGCGUUUACCCGCUGGUCACCCAAGUCUGAGAGACUGGAGAUCAAAAAGGGGGGAAUGAGAGAUAGAGGUGGUCCUGUGCCGUGUUUAAAGGACACUGCCUCGCUGUGGCUCUCUGAAUAUAUUAGGAUGACAGGAAGAAGGAAUGCAGGAAUAAAUGCAAGAAACAGAAAAUGAUUGACACAGAGGCUGAGAAGGUACAAAAUGCAGUAGCCAAGGAGAGGAAAAGUAUGAAGAAGUCACAAAAACAUUUAUAUUAACUUCCAUAAAACGUUUUUCUAACGUUCCGGUUACAAAACCUUUAUUUUGACAUCACAACCUUUACACUGAAUGUAUUUAUUUGUAAAACUAUUUUUAUCUAUUCAGAAAGUUGUGUCUUAAUGCUUGGAUGUGUUUGGAAAUAUUGCUGAGCAUAAGCUGAGCUGUGUUGUGCAAUACAAGCAUUUGCACCUUUGCUUUAAAGAUCUUACUGGAAUUCAUAUAUAUAUAUCGGACAUAUUCAUAAGAAGAAGCGCCAUGCGGUGUCAUUUAAAUGUCAUGUAUUUUGUCACCCGGGUUGCAGCCAUGAAUGUGCCAAGGAUUUGUGUGCCUGACGGAUGGCUAAAGUCUUAAGCAUCACUCAUCUGGAACAGUUUAAUGUUACUGCUGUUCUGAAUGACUAUGUUGAAAUGAUGUGGAUGAGAGAUGUGUGUGUCUGUGUUUGUGUAUUCAAAAGCUUUUUAAGAAAAUAUGUAAUAUCUAAUGUGUGUGUGCGCGUGCUCGAUGAAUUAUGUAACUCUGAGCCAUGUUUGUGUACCAUUUAUUAAAAAGUUUAAUCAAACAAAAAA